CAAAUAGUGAUCUGUUGCGUUUCCCCACGCUGCGCGCGCUCGUCCCUCCCUGCCAAAUAGUGCUCCACGCCCCCGGCCCGCCCCCGGGAAGGUUCUGGGCGUGCGCGGUGCAUUGUGGGGGCCGGGAGCGAGCAGCCGCCGCGAUGAUGCCAACACCGGUGAUCCUGCUGAAGGAGGGCACGGACACCUCGCAGGGCAUCCCGCAGCUGGUCAGCAACAUCAACGCGUGCCAGGUGAUCGCCGAGGCCGUGCGCACCACGCUGGGCCCGCGCGGCAUGGACAAGCUCAUCGUGGAUGACCGGGGCAAAGCCACCAUCUCCAACGACGGGGCCACCAUCCUGAAGCUGCUGGACGUUGUCCACCCUGCCGCCAAGACCCUGGUGGACAUCGCCAAAUCCCAAGAUGCCGAGGUGGGUGAUGGCACCACGUCCGUGACCCUGCUGGCCGCUGAGUUCCUGAAGCAGGUGAAGCCCUACGUGGAGGAGGGGCUCCAUCCCCAGAUCAUCAUCCGCGCCUUCCGCACGGCCACGCAGCUGGCUGUGAACAAGAUCAAAGACAUCGCUGUCUCCGUGAAGAAGGAGGAUAAGGAUGAGCAGAGGAGUCUUCUGGAGAAAUGUGCAGCCACAGCCCUGAGCUCCAAGCUCAUCUCCCAGAGCAAGGAGUUUUUCUCCAAGAUGGUUGUAGAUGCUGUGAUGAUGUUGGAUGACUUGCUGCAGCUCAAGAUGAUCGGGAUCAAGAAGGUGCAAGGAGGAGCUUUGGAAGACUCACAGCUGGUGGCUGGAGUUGCCUUUAAGAAAACCUUCUCCUACGCUGGGUUUGAGAUGCAGCCCAAGAAGUACCAGUCCCCCAAAAUCGCCCUGCUCAACGUGGAGCUGGAGCUCAAAGCUGAGAAGGACAACGCCGAGGUCAGAGUCAACACGGUGGAGGAUUACCAGGCCAUCGUGGAUGCAGAGUGGAACAUCCUGUACGACAAACUGGACAAAAUCCACAAGUCAGGAGCCAAGGUGGUGCUGUCCAAGCUGCCCAUUGGGGACGUGGCCACCCAGUACUUUGCAGACAGGGACAUGUUCUGUGCCGGCCGUGUCCCAGAGGAGGAUCUCAAGAGGACCAUGAUGGCCUGUGGGGGAUCCAUCCAGACCAGUGUCAAUGCCCUGUCCGAUGAUGUGCUGGGCCGCUGUGAGCUCUUUGAGGAGACCCAGAUUGGGGGAGAGAGGUACAACUUCUUCACGGGCUGCCCCAAGGCCAAGACGUGCACCAUCAUCCUGCGCGGGGGCGCGGAGCAGUUCAUGGAGGAGACGGAGCGCUCCCUGCACGACGCCAUCAUGAUCGUCAGGAGGGCCAUCAAGAACGACUCGGUGGUGGCGGGCGGCGGCGCCAUCGAGAUGGAGCUGUCGCGGUACCUGCGGGACUACUCGCGCACCAUCCCGGGCAAGCAGCAGCUGCUGAUCGGCGCCUACGCCAAGGCCCUGGAGAUCAUCCCCCGGCAGCUCUGCGACAACGCCGGCUUCGACGCCACCAACAUCCUCAACAAGCUGCGCGCCAAGCACGCCCAGGGCGGGAUGUGGUACGGCGUGGACGUGACCAACGAGGACAUAGCAGACAAUUUCUCGGCGUGCGUGUGGGAGCCGGCCGUGGUGCGCAUCAACGCGCUGACGGCGGCCUCGGAGGCGGCGUGCCUGAUCGUGUCCGUGGACGAGACCAUCCGCAACCCGCGCUCCAGCGCCGAGCCCUCCUCUGCUGCUGCUGCUCCCCGCGGCCGCGCCCGCGCCCGGCCCCACAACCACUGAGCUCCCUAAAACCCGCUGGGAACAGCGGCUGAUCCUGCCCCUGCUCCUGCCCAGGGCUGCCAGCCACUGAGCUCCUUAAAACCCACUGGGAACAGCGGCUGCUCCUGCCCAGCCCCACAGCCACUGAGCUCCCUAAACCCACUGGGAACAGCGGCUGAUCCUGCCCAGGGCUG